UACCAGUUAAAUACGGCCAUUCAAAACGUGUGAGUGGAGAGGCAGCCCUCGAAGAAUGUGUGGCAGAGCAAAGAAGUAAGAUGUAAGUGUUUUGGGGAGUUCCUUUGUACACUUGGUUUGUCCCACAACGCCAAACAAUACACGGUCAACUUGGCUCUGAUCAUUUGACAAUACCACUGCAAAAAAAAGAACACUCUGAAAACCGAGUGUCGGAGCUCAUGGCCAUGGCUUCCUCCUCGUCCCUUCACUACCCUCUUCGCCAAAGUUCAUUCCCGAAUUGCCCGUACCUUCCUAACAAUGCCCGAUUCCGUCCCCCCCUCCGCUUCCCCUCUUCCACCAUACGUGCGAGUUCCGCAGUUGCUCUAGAACAGGAUUUGGCCACACAACAUAAUCAGAAAUUGGAAGUAGAAUUGUUUGCAUGCCCAGUAUGUUAUCAACCACUGAUAAGAAAGGGCCCUCCAGGUAUUAACUUGCCAGCAAUUUACCGGUCUGGUUUCAAGUGUAAAGGAUGCAAUAAGUCAUACUCCAGCAAAGACAUCUAUCUGGAUCUCACAGUUACUGCCGGCUCAAGAGACUACACUGAAGUCAAACCAGCUAGGACAGAGCUAUUUCGGAGUCCGCUUGUUUCAUUCUUGUAUGAAAGAGGCUGGCGUCAGAAUUUUAACAGAAGCGGGUUCCCUGGGCCAGAUGAAGAGUUCCAAAUGGCUCAGGCGUACUUUAAAUCUGCUGAAGGUGGUCUUCUGGUAGAUGUUAGCUGUGGAAGUGGUUUGUUUUCCAGAAAGUUUGCCGAAGCUGGGACCUAUUCUGGAGUUAUAGCACUUGAUUUUUCUGAAAAUAUGCUUCGCCAGUGUUAUGAUUUCAUUAAGAGUGAUGGCACUCUUUUAACUACUAAUCUUGCUCUUGUAAGGGCAGAUGUUUCUAGGCUUCCCUUUUCAUCAGGUUCAGUUGAUGCUGUUCAUGCUGGCGCAGCCUUGCAUUGCUGGCCAUCUCCUUCCAAUGCUGUUGCUGAAAUCACUCGUAUAUUGCGAAGUGGAGGAGUCUUUGUAGGAACCACAUUUUUGCGGUACAACUCAUCUACUCCUUGGAUAUUACGUUCUUUGAGGGAGAGGUUUCUGCAGAACUAUAACUACUUGACGGAGGAAGAGAUCAAGGACCUGUGCACAUCAUGUGGUCUUACAAACUACUCAAGCAAAGUUCAACAAUCUUUCAUCAUGUUUUCUGCUCAGAAGCCUCAAAACUAGUUUUGACCAUAUAAAAUUCAUUUCUCCGUACCUGACUGUUGAUUUAUUCUAUAAUUUAGUUCUUCUGUAUAAAUAUGUAGGCCUCAAAAAAGGUAAUUACGCUGGGAGAUGUGAAGUAAUUUACAGUAGUUCUGUGUCUUA